AUGUCGCCUGAAGUCGACCAGCUAACUCCUGAGAUCUUCAGCAAUUUCUUUGCGUCUUCGGUGGAAGAGGUCCGCAGCUCCACUGGUUCAUCUGUUACAACUGCUAUGCUCUACCUACCUCGAACUGUUUCAGCUAAUUUCAAGCUAAAGAAAGUGUCUUGUGAUGAAUCUCAAUUUGGCUUCAGGGGUGGCUUGUCGACAGUGGAUGCGGUCGGGGGUCUGAUGGAGGCCGUCCUUGGUGGAUUUGAAAAUCGCGCGGGUACGGUCGCCACCAUGUGUGAUCUGACAAAGGCCUUCGAUUGUGUUCCGCAUGACAUUCUUCUCAUGAAGCUAGAACAUUAUGGGGUUGAUGGUGCCGAGCUUAACUUAUUUCGUAGCUACAUUAAAAAUCGCACUCAGCAAGAGAUGAUUGGAGAAAACUCGAGUCUUCAAUUUUACUUCCAAAUGGAGAAAAAUCAAAAUGGAAAUACAGAAGAAACUCUAGAAGAGGACGAUGAUGGUGAAUUAGAAGAGAACAUUGAAGACGAAAAUCUUGAAGUAGUUUAG